AUGGAUAAUAGAAGUUUAAGGCAAUUGGCGGCAGCAGAGGUUAACUAUCAGCCUUUUUGCAUUCAUUAUCUUGAUCUUGAUACUGAUUUUAAACUUCAGUCUGGUCUUAUCCAUUUGCUUCCCAAGUUUCAUGGUCUUGCAGGUGAGGAUCCAUAUAAGAAUUUGAAGGAGUUUCAUGUAGUCUGCAGCGCAAUGAAACCGCAGGGAGUUGAUGAGGAGCAGGUUAAACUGAGAGCCUUUCCUUUUUCCCUCGAUGGAGGAGCUAAGGAUUGGUUGUACUACCUUCAACCUUCAUCUAUCGAGACUUGGAAUGACAUGGCCAGAUUGUUUUUGGAGAAGUUUUUCCCUUCCUCAAGAGCCACUUCAAUCAGAAAGGAGAUAAGUGGCAUAAAACAAGCAAAUGGGGAGAACUUGCAUGAGUACUGGGAGCGGCUUAAAAGACUUUGUGCAAGCUGUCCACAUCACCAGAUUUCGGAGCAAUUGCUGAUUGUCUACUUCUAUGAGGGAUUGCUACAUAUGGAUAGGAACCUGAUUGAUGCUGCCAGUGGAGGAGUUCUUGUUGACAAAACACCUGAUGAAGCUAAGGCGUUGAUCUCAAACAUGGCUGCAAAUGCUCAACAGUUUGGAACGAGAGCCAAUAGCAGUGCUGUGUACCAGAUGCAAGCGACUCUGACCCAGCCUUCAGCAGUGGCAUCAAGUACUGACAAUCAGAGAAUUGAAAAUAGACUUGAUGAACUAGCAAUCAUGGUGAGACAGUUGGCAGUUACCCAGACAGUCCAGACUUUUGCUCCACAGUACGACAAUCCAUGUGGCAUAUGCGAUGACCCUUUUCACCCCACUGAUGCUUGCCCUUCUCUGCAAGAGGGCCACAUUCCUGCAGACCAGUCAGUCUCUGUAGUCUUUCCUGGGAAACCACAGUUCCAACUGCAGAAUAAUCCACUCUCAAACACAUACAAUCCUGGCUGGAAGAAUCAUCCCAACCUUAGAUGGAUCCAGAAUCAGCAAAAUGUUCCAUAUCAGCAGAAGCAGCAGUUCAUCCCACGGCAGAGACAGAACUUCCAGCAAGCUCCUCCCCAAUAG